AGUUCAGCAUUAUUUAAUAAAGACUUCUCUUUUAUAUAAGUUGACUGUAGGAUAAUUUUAGCAGCUAUAGAUCUGAGUCUUAAUCAAAUAACUAUAUAUACACUCUUCUAUUCUCUCUGAUCAGUAUCCAAAGUUGUGUUAGUAUGGCUAGUGGACAAGAAUUGCUCAAAUAUUUUGGCAUCUUUUUCACCAUUCUCUUUAUAGCAUCUUCAGUUAUGGCUGUCCAAGAGAUGCCACCAAAUACGUUGAUGGGAAAAAAGUUACUAUCUCUCACAGAUAUAGUGACUUGUGGAAAGAAAUGCAAUAGUGAUAGUGAUUGCUCUGAUGGUUGGAUUUGUAAAUCAUGCAAGUACACUCAAAUGCACCCUACUGAUCCCUAUGCAGAGUGGGUUUUGGCUUGUGUAAUUUAAGAAAAAACUUUCUAUCCUUUUUGUCUUGCUAAUAAUUUGUAUUUUUGUGUGUGAAAAAAGUCAGGAAAAACACAUGAAUAAUUGUACUUUUUAAUACUUAUUAAAGUGCAGCUGUUUGGAUUA